AUGCAUUCUGGGCAAGCAGCAGCACCAGAUCCAAGAUGGCGGCCAGCAGGAGGCUGAUGAAGGAGCUUGAAGAAAUCCGCAAAUGUGGAAUGAAAAACUUCCGUAACAUCCAGGUUGAUGAAGCUAAUUUAUUGACUUGGCAAGGGCUUAUUGUUCCUGACAAUCCUCCAUAUGAUAAGGGGGCCUUCAGAAUCGAAAUAAACUUUCCAGCAGAGUACCCAUUCAAACCACCGAAGAUCACAUUUAAAACAAAGAUCUACCACCCAAACAUUGAUGAAAAGGGGCAGGUCUGUCUGCCAGUAAUUAGUGCUGAAAACUGGAAGCCAGCAACCAAAACCGACCAAGUUAUCCAGUCCCUCAUUGCACUGGUGAACGACCCCCAGCCUGAGCACCCACUUCGGGCUGACCUAGCUGAAGAAUACUCUAAGGACCGUAAAAAAUUCUGUAAGAAUGCUGAAGAGUUUACAAAGAAAUAUGGGGAAAAGCGACCCGUGGACUAAAUCUGUCAUGAUUGAUUCCAGCAAGUGUGAGCAGAGACCCCGAGCAGUGCAUUCAAACACCCGCAAAGCAGGACUCUGUGGAAAAUUGACAUGUGCCACCGCCUGGCGUUCGCUUGUGGCAGUUACUAACUUUCUACAGUUUUCUUAAUCAAAAGUGGUCUAGGUAACCUGUAAAGAAAGGAUUAAAAAUUUAAGAUGUUCUAGUUCUGCUUUCUUUGUUUUAAAAAUCACUGCUUCAAUCUACUUUAAAAGAAUGGUGUUUCUCUUCUUUUCCAAAUUUAUCCCAAAUCUUCAAUUUACAUUUAGUCUUAAAAGUUUAAAAAAAAGAAUUUAAAAAGGGUUGUGGUUCCCCUUUUCCCCUGUCCUCAUUCAGUUUAUUUUUUACUCAUUCACUUCCCCAGACCCAGGCCUGGUCUCCUACACAAGAAGAGACAGUAUUGGCAUUUCUAGUGCCAUCUCUUUUCCUGUGUCGGUCACACUACCUGGUGUGUGGAAGUUGGUUCAAAUUCUCCCGACUCCAGUUUAUAACGUCUUUUUUUUAAAACAAUCUAACCAACUUAUUUCCCCCUCCACUAUGCACCCCCCCCCAUGCUAUAAAAAGGGAGGCCCAACUUUUCUGUAAAAAUCUGGCAAAUUGUUACCACAGUAACAUUGAUUAAAUGGGCAAACCCAAUGUCUCUGUGUGUGAUUGAACCCCAGCCUGGCCCUGCCUGCUUGGGGAAAUCAGGUUUGUGGUGACCCCAGGGAGGGUCUGCCAGCCGGAGGACUCUGACUGCACUCCUGUGAGGAAUUUCUCAGCAGAGAGGCACACCUCUCGCAGCCAAGUAGAAGAUACGCUGAGGGCUGCAGACAACGCUAAAGCCAGAAUGUCCAUUUGAAUUUCCACGUUUAUUUGUCACCGAGCUCCGCCCGAAUGUGCCAGGGAGCUUGCUCCAGCUCCUCAGUGCAGCAGCCCCACGGUGGCCAGCCUUUCCUCCCUCGGCACACUUUGACCCUUUGCGGGGUUGGAAUUGGCAGGACUCGGCCAUAGCCAGCACCGACCUGCGGUCACCGGCACCCUGCUGGCCCCUUCCUUCGAAGCACCCAGGCCAGGAACAAGACCCUCCCUCUGGACUCACAGCCUUUUGGAGUCAAUCUCCAUUUGAAGCUCAAUAAUAUCCUUUACAUGUGUUUUAUAUUGUUUUGACUGCCUUUUUUUGUAGAAAUAAAAAUUGACCUUAGAAUUUAUCAUCAGAUGAACUUGUAAGGAUUUGAAUGUUGAUGUCUUUUCAAAGCAAACGGGACUGUCCCCGAAAGAGCAUGUCACUGACACCCAGAGGAAGCGGAUGGUCCAAAUGCUGUGUGCCACCAACUCCACUUCUGUUCCUGGCACCUUCCCUUCUUGGCUGAGAGGGGGACUCGAUCCUGUGGAGAAGAUGACAUAAACUUUGCUUUCUAUCUUCAUUUUAGUUCUCGAGAUCUUUCCAAGGCUUACCAGACCUGUAUGUAAAAGCUUGGUGUUACCUGCACAGAACGGGGUGGGGAUGUAGAGCAGACGUAUAGUUGUCCAGGUGCCUGGGAUAUGUCCGUGAACUCAGCUUUAGUCUUAGGGUAUGCAAGGGGCAGGCUCUGGAGACUGCUGUUUACCCAAAUUGGCAAGAGCGCUGGGCCAGCUGUUUCACAUAUUUCUCUUCAUUCGCAUAAAGGUCAUGAUGAACUGUAUUUCACUUAUUCACGGAUUUGUGAUUUUUUUUUUUUAAAAAAUGCCAAAUUCUGUCAGAAGCUAUCAAAAGUCAGCCACCAUUUGUUCUCAUGCUUCUUCUGAAUUCAGAACUCUGGCCAUUCUCAGAACUAUCCCAUUGCUUCGUAUUUUGACCAGUGUAGCUCUGCCCGCCUGUCAUCCCCCUUCCUUCUCUGCUCACCAUGGGAGGAUUCCUUUGCCAAAGCUGGCGGCCCCCCUCAGGGACUCUCAGCAGAGCCUUGGCCCUCAAGAGAUCGAGGCAGUGGGUGGUCCCUCCCUUGGGCUUGGGCAGUUGCUUCAGCCAGCCAGGAGUUCUUGAACCUGGCUAAGCCCCCUGGGCAGAUCGGAGGUCAAAGUGGCUGACAGCCCGGGCUGUUCCACAACCAAACAGGUGGAUUCUCUGGAGAAGGGGCAAGCAGCCACUGAUGACCCGAGCCCACUCAGGAAUUCACCCUGUCAGGUUCCUCCAAAUGAAGUGCACCGGGUCCUACCCUCCUUCCUGCCCUCCCCCAAUGGCGGAGAAUAGGCUUCCUAAGAUGCUGCGACCCCGGUCUGCUGACCUUAAUAAAAAUGCUCUCGGACACUGG